GUCCCAUUUCCCUCGAGAAUAGAUUCUCCACAUUUCGUUCACGGUUCACCCAACCAAUUCAUGGCGUCAGCUCUGCUUCUCGAGCCUGCGCGUACUAUCAUCGCCGUAGGGCCACCCCUUGCCUCGCGUCCCGCGUCCGCAUUGCAAGCACGGCAAUUUUCGCGGUUCGCUUCUAGCACUUGCCGCCAACAGCAACGGUCGGAUUCUUUAGCUAGCGCCGCGGUUGUGCACGGUAUCUCAAGUGGAUUCCGCCCUCUAGGGACUCGGAAACAAUCGCAUGCAUUGAAUCUAGACGCUUUGAAUGGGCAGAGAGUACGAUUACUAGGCCGUAGAAAUGGCGCGGGGAAAUGGGGGGAAACUCCGCGACAGCGCGUGCGCGCAAGCCGUGCGGCGACAGGGGAGGGGGAAGCGGUCGCAGCAGCGGAGAUUGCGCGGACUGCGCGGAAGGGAGGGGGAGUGAGCAGGCGGGCAUUGGAAACGAUCACCGCGAGCAAAGUUUCCGCCGAGGGGGAUACAGCGCGCGCGUUUGGUCCACGGAGAAGUAGAGGCGGGGGAGGCGGAGAUGCGGAAGGCGGGGAAGGCGCAAUCGGCGCAUCUUCCCCCCUUUCCCCCAUCAUUGCGGUUGACGAGUUCUUCUCCCUCCCCUCCCUCGCACUCCCCCCCGCUCCCCUCGGACGCGCGCUAGAAUCCCUAGUGUACAUGCUGGCGGAAGGGGGAAAGGCGGAGGAGGAGGAAUGGGGGGAAGAGGCGGAAGAUUGGGGGGAGAUUGACUGGGGUGAAGAAGGGGAAUGGAAUGCGGGGGGACAGGGGCAGGCGCAGGGACGCGGGAUCGAGGUUUACUGGGCGUCAGACGUUAAAAGCCUGGGGCGGGAUGAUGACGCGCCCUCCCCCGCCCUCUCUUCCGCCUCCUCUUCCCCUUCGCCCGCCACUUCCCCCUCCUCCGCCUCCUCCGCCUCCUCCGCCUCCUCCGCCCCCGUCUCCCCUUCUCCCCCGCAUCUGGUGCUCUCUCACCUCCGCUCCGCGUCUCUUGCGCCCUGCAUCCUCCUCCCUGUCGCCCCUGCCCCCCCUGGUCCGGGGGAGGGGGGAGGGGAAGGGGAGGAGGGGGAGAAUGCAGCAGCGGAAAGGGAAGCACAAGGGUCAGGGGCAGCACAGGUUCGGGUGGUGGCUGGUCGGUUUGGGGAAAUCUGCACUCCCCCGCCGCUCUCUCACUUUCUCAUGCUUCAUGUGUACAUGCGGCCCGGUACAGCUGUCAACAUUCCAUUGGCUUCCACUCAGUCCGCCCUUGCAUACGUCCUAGAGGGUGUGGCUCUAUUUGGCCCGCGGGGUGAAGCCGUAUUCCAAAAUGAAGGGCACGCACUGCUCUUUCCUGCCAAAUCAGAUGCCACAUCAGAUGCCGCGUCAGAUGCCACACCAGACACCGCAGCAGGAGAAAACGAGGAUUGGAUCCGAGUCGAGGCGCACAAGUGGGGAGGAGUCGAGUUUGUGCUUGUGGCUGGGCAAUAUUAGCUCCUCAGGGUGGCGAUGUUGGCUGUAAAUGUCUCCUUCGCAAAAUGUAAAUUUCGUGAUUUUUUUACGAAGGACUUAGUGUCAAACAUGUGUAUCUCCUAUGUUUGCAUAGACUGUAUAGGGCCACCUCUUAGAGGGUACAACACUUAGGUAUAUUCACCUGUACUCUCUCUCUA